AUGGGUAUGGCUUACCAAGUGCUAUCGGUGGACAACACAAUCACACCGUUUCAGCACAUGAUAGCACAGGGAGUGGUGUCGGCGCCGGUCUUCUCCUUUUAUCUGAACCGAGACGUGAAGGGAAGGCCCGGCGGAGAGCUUAUACUCGGCGGCUCUGACCCUAAUCAUUAUAUCGGUAACUUUACGUACGUUCCGGUGACAAACCAGAGUUAUUGGCAAUUCACCAUGGACGGGUUAUUGGUGGGUAACAAUACUGAUGGUAAAUUUUGUUCGCCCAACUGUCAGGCCAUUGCCGACACCGGCACUUCCACUAUAGUGGGUCCGACUAAUGAAAUCAAAGCAAUUAAUGCUUUAAUUGGCGCCCGAAGUGUAGGUAAUGGCAAUUAUGUGGUCGACUGUAAGCGUGUAAACGCGUUACCGAUCGUUACCCUAACGCUCGGCGGUAAAGCGUUUCCACUAAAACCGUCGCAAUAUAUUUAUAAACAGUUAGGACUUAACGGUAAUAUCCAAUGCGUGUCUGGCUUUGAAAGCGAUGAUGAUCCGUUAUGGAUAUUAGGCGAUGUGUUUAUUGGUCCCUAUUAUACUGAGUUUGAUUUUGGUAGAAAUAGGAUUGGAUUUGCGCCAUCGAAAUAA